AUGUCUCACAAAGCUUCUCCCGUUUCUACUUCUCCCGUUUCUGCUUCAUCUAUGAAGAGCCCAAACACUCUUAAAGUCAAACGUCCUAUUGCAAACUUUCAUUCAAGCAUAUGGAAGGACCAUUUCCUUUCAUUAUCAUCCGAAGCAAUGAAAAUAGAUGGUGAAAUGGAGGAACAAGCUAAAGAGAUGAAAGUCAAAUUGAAAAAGAUGUUAUUGAUUUGUAAUAGAAAUCCUCUCAAGAUACUAAAUCUGGUUGAUUCAAUUCAGCGGUUAAAUGUAUCUUAUCAUUUUGAGAACGAGAUUCAUCAAAUCUUAGAACAAAUAUAUGAGAAUUAUAGAGAGUUCACAAAUAUUGAUGAUGAUCUUUAUACGAUCUCUCUUCUAUUUCGACUCCUUAGACAACAAGGUUAUAAAAUUCCUUGCGACAUAUUUACGAAAUUUGUAGAAAGUAAUGGAAAAUUCAAAGAAUCACUUGCGGAAGAUGUUAGAGGAAUUUUAAAUCUAUAUGAAGCGGCACAUAUGAGGAUACAUGGAGAAGAUGUUCUUGAGGAAGCUCUCGAUUUUAGUGUCAAACAUCUAAAAAAUAUUAUAUCCAACUCAAGCUCAAUUUUUGUCGCUGAAGUUAAGAGCGCCUUGAAAUAUCCCCUAAGAAAAGCCAUUCCAAGAAUGAAGGCAAGAGAGUACAUAUCGAUAUAUCAAGAAGAUCCUUCACAUUCUAAAACUUUGCUUACUUUCUCAAAAUUGGAUUUCAACCUAUUACAGAGACUUCAUCAAAAGGAGUUGAUAGAAGUCAUCAGGUGGUGGAAGGAUUUAAAGGUCGAAACCAAUUUUUCUUUUGCAAGAGACAGAAUUGUUGAGUGCUACUUAUGGACGUUAGGGGUAUAUUUUGAGCCUCAAUUCAGUGUUGGUAGAAAAAUAUUAACCAAAGUAACCGCCAUUUCUUCAAUUUUAGAUGAUAUAUAUGAUGCCUACGGAACAUUUGAAGAACUCCAAGUCAUCACUACAGCUAUUCAAAGGUGGGAUAGAAGCAUGGUUAAUGUACUCCCCGAGUACAUGAAACCGUUUUAUAUAGCAAUGUUAGAUGUUUAUAAAGAAAUUAGUAAAGAGAUAGACAAGGAUGAAAGUUCACUCCACAUUCAUGUUGCGAAAGAAGAAAUAAAGAAACUAGCGGAAUCCUACUUUAAAGAAGCUAAAUGGUUAAGCAAAAAUUACAAACCAAAUUUUAAGGAGCACAUGGAAUUGGCAUUAAAAACAACAGGUUAUUCCUUGCUUAUAAGCAUUUCACUUCUCGGCAUGGGCAACAUGGUAACGAAUGAUGUACUUCAAUGGGUUUCUAGAAGACCUAAAAUUAUUAAAGGCUCAACGAUCAUUUGUAGACUCAUGGACGACAUCGUUUCCCACAAGUUUGAGCAAGAAAGGGAACAUAUUGCUUCUGCGGUUGAAUGUUACAUAGAGCAAUAUGGUUGUUCAGAGGAAGAAGCUUGUGUUGAACUUCAUAAGCAAGUGGUUGAUGCAUGGAAGGAUGUAAAUGAAGCAUGUCUUCGUCCAAUUGCUGUUCCAAUGCCUAUUUUAAUGCGGACAGUAAAUUUUUCAAGAGUUAUGAACGUGAUUUAUUCAGAUGAGGAUGGAUACACAAAUUCAAAUGGCAAAACAAAAUUUAUUAUUGAAUCUCUUCUUGUGAACUACGUGCCUUGUUGAACAUCUGUAUUGACAAUAAAUUUUGUGAGCCUAAAAUUUAUGGCUUAUUUGAAUA